AUGGUGAACAAAAAGGCCAGCGAGCCAUGCUACGUGCUCGGGGUGGGCAUGACCAAGUUCAUCAAGCCGCGCGGCAAGGUCGACUACACGGAGCUGGGCUUCGAAGCGGGGAUCAAAGCGCUACUCGACGCGCAGAUAAACUACGACGACGUGGACCAGGGCGUGGCGUGCUACUGCUACGGGGACAGCACGUGCGGGCAGCGCGUCUUCUACCAGUUCGGAAUGACGGGCAUCCCCGUCUACAACGUCAACAACAACUGCUCGACGGGCUCGACGGGCCUGCACAUGGCGCGUACCAUGGUGGGCCAUGGCGCCGCCGACUGCGUCAUGGUGGUGGGGUUUGAGAAGAUGUUCCCUGGGAGCUUGCAGUCGUUUUUUCAGGAUCGCACGGGGCCGACGGCCACGACGAUGGCGGUCAUGAAGGCUACGAGGGGGGUUACGAAUGCGCCGGGCGCGGCGCAGCUGUUUGGCAAUGCGGGGCUGGAGUAUAUGGAGAAACACGGCGCCACCGCAUCCGACCUCGCCGAAAUCGCGCGCGUCAACCACGCCCACUCGGCGCAAAACCCCUACUCCCAAUUCCGGGACACCUACACGCUCUCCCAGAUCCUCGACUCCGCCCCCGUCUCCCCCCCACUAACCAAGCUGCAAUGCUGCCCCACGUCCGACGGCGCCGCAGCCGCCAUCCUCGUCAGCGAGGCCUUCCUCGCCGCGCGCCCGCAGCUACGGGCCCAAGCCGUCCGCAUAGCCGGCCAAGCACUAGCGACGGACGGCCCAGCGCUGUUCUCGCGCUCGGCCAUCGACCUCGUCGGCUACGGCAUGACGCAGCGGGCGGCGCGGGCCGCGCUGGCCGAAGCGGGCGCGUCGGCCUCGGACGUCCGCGUCUGCGAGCUGCAUGACUGCUUCAGCGCGAAUGAGCUGGUGUCGCUUGACGCGCUGGCCUUGUGCGCCCCCGGCAGGGCCCACGAGAUGGUGCGCGCCGGCGAUAUCACGUACGGGGGGCGUGUGGUUGUCAAUCCCUCGGGCGGCCUCAUCAGCAAGGGGCAUCCGCUCGGCGCGACGGGGCUGGCGCAGUGCGCCGAGCUGGUGUGGCAGCUGCGCGGCUGGGCGAACAACCGCCUCGUGGCUCAGCAAAACGUCGCCCUCCAGCACAACCUCGGCCUCGGCGGCGCCGCCGUCGUAACCGUCUACGAGCGCGCCGACGGGCGCGCCAACGCCGCCCUCAGCAGCGACGAGGUGGGCCGGCGCAGCGGGCUCGGCUACAACCCCGCGGUCGAGGCGAAGGGCUUCACGGCGGCGCAGGCGGACCGGGUCCGGAGCCGCAAGGCGCGCUCUGCGUGGGCGUUGCAGGACACGGAGACGAAGGUUUCGGCGCGCUUUUAG